AUGAAGACUAGUUUGUGUCUUGUUAUAGAUUACUCAACAACAGCAUCACAAACAGAAGAGGUUUGUGAAAUACUAGGAAACUCACAAAAACUAGUCCAUGAAAUUGUUCAAGUUGUUGUUAACAAAAAUUGUGAUAAUCUUUCUGAGGCUGCAAUUAAGGCCUUAUCAGCAUUAUGUUCAUUGGAAUCAAACAAAGAGAGUUUAGUGAAAGGAGGAGCAAUAGAUGGAAUCAUAAGAUAUAUUUCAAGAUGUGAUACUACAAGACAGAAGAAUUUGGCUCCACUUGCAAUGACAACAAUGAUGAAGCUUUUGGUGUUGGAGAGUGGUAAAGAGGCAUUGGUGAAUCAUGUGAAUGGUAUUGAAACAUUGGUGAAGAUGGUUUUUAAGGUAUGUAAUCAAGAGUGUAGUGAGAGUGCUGUUGGGAUACUUUCAAUUGUUUGUAGUGAUUUUGGGAGUGCUAGAGAGGUAGCUAUUGGAGCUGGUGUUUUGAGUCAGUUGUUGUUUCUUUUGCAGAGUCAGUGUGGUACUAAAACUAAAACUAAGGCAAGAAUGUUGCUGAAGUUGUUGAGAUCCAAGUGGACUGAGGAAUCAAUGCAUUAG